AUGACCUCCCAUCCCAAGCUUUUCAUCUCAUCCAACACUUACUUUUCCACUGAAAAAACUCAUGUAUGCAACAUGGAAUUUGGAUCACAAGAGCCUCUUGGACAGACCUUCUGUAAAAUUUCACACGAGAUACUUUGCAAGUGCUGCGAUGAAGGAAAUCUACACACAAGGACAAUGCUUUUGUUUGAUUUGCUUGGAAAUUAUAAGUGGGGUUCAAAAGUGGCAUUAGUACUUGCAUCUUUCGUAGCAAGUUUUGGCGAAUUUAGGCUCCUAAUGCAGCUGUACUCUAGUAGCCCCUCAAUAUCAGUCGCAAUGCUCAAGCAAUUGCCUGCUGAUUCGAGUCCUUUAAAGCCUCAAUUUAAGGCCUUGAGUUUGUUAGUCAAUGCAAUGGUGGCUGUAACCAAGUGUAUCAUCAAGUUUGAGAAACUGCCGCUUUCACAUGAGGAAGUCAUCUUGAUAUGCUCUUCUCAAAUCACAGAUUCAACAGCCAUGAAAUCUGAGCAGUAUUCAGAUUCAACAAAAAUUGUAUCAUGGGAGCUCUUAAGUUUGGUGUAUCAGCUGCGCAGCAUUUACAGUGACCUCAGACAGCAGGUGGAAGUGUGCCAUCAACAAACAGAGACAAAGCUAUAUCAGAAGCUGUUGGAUAUCUUCAAGGAGACCCAAGUGAACAACCAAGAGGUUAUUCGCUUGUUGUUUGCCUUGAGGGAUGACUUGCCACUCAAGGAUUGA